AUGAAAGGCCAGGUAAUAGCUGAUUUUUUGGUUGAUCAUAGUGGGUCGAAAGAACAGGAGACAGUGGUGACGUGGAAACCGUCGGAAAUGUAUUUUGACGGUUCGAGGCAUAAGAAAGGUACCGGGAUAGGUAUCUUAAUAAUUUCGCCCCAAGGGAGCCCGACAAAAAUUAAGUUCGGAAUCGAAGGUGAGUGUUCGAAUAAUGAGGCGGAAUAUGAAGCUUUAUUAAUAGGACUCGAAACGGCUUUAAGUCUGGGGGCUAAAGAGCUUGUAAUUCGUGGAGAUUCGGAGUUAGUUAUUAAACAACUAACCGGAGAAUACCAAUGUAUUAGCGAGAACUUAAUGAAAUAUUGUUCAAAAGCAGCUAAAAUGUUGAGAAAGUAUGAUGAAGUCGAAUUAUCUCAUAUUCCUAGGAUCGAGAAUGCUGAAGCGAACGUUUUAGCACAAAUUGUGUCAGGUUACCGAUUACCUCGGAAAAAGUUUAAGGAGUUAGUAAAGGUCAAAAGAAAGUUUAUCCCUGGCUUUAAGGAAGGGCGAACAGAGUUCGAGCGAGAGGUAUUGAUCAUUAAUAAUUUAGCUGAUAAUGAUUGGAGGAAACCUGUCGUAAAAUACUUGCAAGACCCAAACGCUCCAGUAGAUCGAAGAAUAAAGUAUCGAGCUCUAAGUUACCUGAUUUUAAAUGGCGAAUUGUUCAAGAAAGGAAUGAAUGAAGUUCUUCUAAAGUGCAUAAGUGAGGAAGAGGCCUUUCGAGCAGUCAAAGCCGUUCAUGAUGGCAUAUGUGGAGCACAUCAGGCAGGCCACAAGAUGAAGUGGACGCUGUUUCCACAAGGAGUAUAUUGGCCAAGCAUGUUAAAAGAUUGCAUUGAAUAUGCUAUGGCCUGUGUCGAAUGUUAG